AUGGCUUUAUAUUACAAUUUAGUUUUCGCUUUACUUGUUAUUGAAAUGGCAUUCUUUGCUGUUCUUUCAAUGCCAUAUCCAAGACCAGUUAGAAGAACCAUUUUGGUCACUGUCUCAGCGCCGUUUAAAAACGAACAAUUCCAAAUUGCCUUGAAAUGUGUCUUGGGGUUUGUGUUUGUCUUGUUUAUUGAUUCAGUGAAUCGUGUUUAUGCUGUCACUUCUGAAUUGACUUCAGCAACCCAAUCUCAUCCAGGUACUUCUGUCAUGAAUGAUAGAUCCGAAAUUCAAGCUAGGAGAUUUUACGCUCAAAGAAAUAUGUAUCUUUGUGGAUUCACUUUGUUUUUGACCUUGAUUUUGACGAGAACUUACAAUUUGGUGGUUGAAUUGAUUUCAACAAAGGAUAAAGUUGACUCAUUACAAAAGAACAAUACUGGAGCUGGUUCUGUUACGGCCGAUGGCGACGGUGAAGAAUUGGUCAAGUUGAAGGCUGAAUUGGCUGAAAAGGAUAGAACUUUGGAAAUUUUAAAGAGCCAAGCCAACACUUUAAGUCAAGACUACCAGGGCGAAUCCGAGUUGAAGGAGAGAAGAUAG